AGACAUAUGUAAAACCCCAACUCUCCACUUGAGACGCACAGACACAGUACAACUCUGCCAUUUCUCGCGCCAGAAAUGGCGGGUCCUUUCCUCCGCUCUUUCUUCUCCACCACCACUGGAAAGUCCCUCUACUCUCCACGCGCUUCUCCUUUCCUCCCAGGCGCUUCUUCAUUCCUCCCCCGUGCAUUUUCAGCUGCCACAGCUACCGCUACAGCAGCCGACUCCAAUGCCUCUUUGGAUCCCGGCAGGCUGCGCAACGUCGCUGUGAUAGCGCACGUCGACCAUGGGAAGACUACGCUGAUGGAUCGGCUGCUUCGGCAGUGCGGCGCUGACAUCCCGCACGAGCGCGCCAUGGACUCCAUAAGCCUCGAGCGUGAGCGCGGGAUCACCAUUGCCUCUAAGGUCACAUCUGUUUCAUGGAGGGAAAAUGAGCUGAACAUGGUUGAUACACCUGGACAUGCUGACUUUGGUGGUGAGGUUGAGCGAGUGGUUGGCAUGGUUGAAGGAGCGAUUUUAGUUGUAGAUGCUGGUGAAGGUCCACUUGCACAGACAAAAUUUGUUCUUGCCAAAGCCUUGAAGUAUGGACUCCGACCUAUUCUUCUCUUGAAUAAAGUAGAUCGACCUGCUGUUUCGGAGGAAAGAUGUAAUGAAGUUGAGACCCUAGUCUUUGAUCUUUUUGCUAAUCUUGGUGCCACAGAGGAGCAACUAGACUUUCCUGUUCUUUAUGCAUCUGCUAAAGAAGGAUGGGCAUCUUCCACCUUCACCAAAGAUCCGCCUACUGAGCAGAGGAAUAUGUCACAGUUGCUUGAUACAAUAAUAAAACAUGUUCCUUCACCAAAAGCAAGCCUUGAUGCACCUUUCCAAAUGCUGGUGUCCAUGAUGGAGAAAGACUUUUAUCUUGGACGAAUAUUGACUGGGCGCAUUUCAUCAGGAACAAUCCGUGUUGGAGAUAGAAUACAUGGACUGAGAAGCACAGAAAAUGGGGUUCUAAAGAUUGAAGAAGGAAAGGUUGUAAAGCUAAUGAAAAAGAAGGGUACAAACAUUGCUCUAAUUGAUAGUGCUGGGGCUGGUGAUAUAAUAUCCAUGGCUGGGAUGGCUAGUCCAUCAAUAGGCCAUACAGUGGCAAAUACAGAGGUUAUGACUGCAUUGCCCACAGUUGAGUUGGACCCCCCAACUAUUUCCAUGACUUUCAGUGUCAAUGACUCUCCAUUGGCAGGUCGUGAUGGUGUACAUUUGACGGGAGGAAAGAUUGGUGAUCGGUUAAUGUCAGAAGCUGAAACGAAUCUGGCCAUAAAUGUUCUUCCAGGUUUGUCAGAAUCAUAUGAGGUUCAAGGGAGGGGAGAACUUCAGCUAGGUAUCUUGAUUGAGAACAUGCGACGUGAGGGAUUUGAACUUUCAGUCUCUCCACCUAAAGUCAUGUAUAAAACUGAAAAUGAUCAGAAGCUUGAACCAAUUGAAGAAGUGACUAUUGAGGUUAAUGAUGAGCAUGUGGGGUUAAUUAUGGAAGCCCUGUCUCAUAGGCGAGCUGAGGUUGCUGACAUGGGUCCUGUCCCUGGAAAUGUUGGCAGGACAAGAUUGUCUUUGACUUGCCCAUCAAGGGGCCUAGUUGGUUACAGAAGUGUAUUCAGCAGUGAUACACGUGGAACUGGAUUCAUGCAUCGGGCUUUCCUUUCCUAUGAAAAAUAUCGAGGCCCCCUUGGGAAUGUCAGGAAAGGAGUGUUGGUAUCAAUGGGCUAUGGUACAAUUACAGCUCAUGCACUAACGAGUUUAGAAGCCCGUGGAACUCUCUUUGUGACUCCUGGGAUGGAGACGUAUGAUGGUAUGAUUGUUGGUGAACAUUCACGUGAUUCUGAUCUUGAUGUCAACCCAGUCAGGACAAAGGAACUCACCAAUAUCCGUGCACCUGGAAAGGAUGAAAACGUGAAACUAUCUCCACCUCGCCUGAUGACGCUUGAAGAAGCCAUUGGAUACGUCGCCUCUGAUGAGCUUAUAGAGGUUACACCGAAGGCCAUUCGAUUGAGGAAGAGAUAUUUGGAUGUUAACAAGCGUAAAAGCAUGAGCAAAAGGCCAAAAGAGUAAUUUUGCCAGAAGGAGGAGGAUACCAUUUUUGUCACCGAAAAUUGUUGUACUACUCGCAGAAUUUGACGUUGUAAUGGUUAUCAUUACAUAAAGGUUAUUGUUUUAGAUCGAUAGGUUGAAUUUUAUUCUAUUUAAAAAAAAAAAUGAUAAAGGGCAAUGGAAGUUGAUAUUGCCUCAAAUAGGUAAAGAAGAAAACAAUAAUUGUAUUUGUGAUACUGUUUCCAUGAAGAGUUAAAAGGUAAAAAGUAUGUGAGAAUAUGUAUGUCAGUCUCGUCCAAAAAAAUCUCAAAACAAUGU